AUGGUUGCAACCUUUUUGCUUAUUGUGGGUCAAAAUAAUAGAUAUUGUCUAGUCCGUGAUAUAUUUGGCCAAUUGCACUUCACUGCUAGUAAAAAUUUUAACAAAAUUUUAGAGGCCUCGAACACAAUAACACCAGAGAGGCUAGCCAAACCUGGAUCCACGAUACCAACUGAAAUAAGGGAAAGUACAAGGGUUUACCUAUACUUUAAGGAUUGUAUCGGAGCUAUUGACGGCACACAUAUUCCAGCAAUAGUAAUGGGACGCGACGUAACCAGCUAUUGUAAUCGUCACGGUACGAUAUCACAAAAUGUAUUAGCACCUUGUAACUUUGAUUUGGAAUUCAUAUAUUUUCUUAAUGGGUGGGAGGGCUCAGCUCAUAAUUCAAGAGUACUACAUGAUGCUUUAACAAGGAGGAAUGGACUUAAAGUGCCACAAUGUGUUCAAUAUAAUCUCCAAGAGUUUGGUGGCCAAGGUCGUGCACCUGCAAAUGAAGUUGAGUUGUUCAAUCUUCGUCAUUUGUCCUUGAGGAAUGUCAUUGAGAGGAUAUUUGAGAUGGUGUUAGCUUGUGUAGGACUAUACAACUUUCUUCUAAAAGAGUGUAGAUCUUACGAAUUUUCUAUUGAAUUGGAAAAUGAAUCUUCUUCAUCUUCAUCGUUACCGGUUAAUGAACGGGAUCCUGAACUAGUUUUCCAAACACAAGAACAACAACGACAUAAUUCUAAUGAAUGGAGAGUUUGUAUAGCUUUGGAUAUGUGGAGAGAUGCUGGGCACAAUGACAACAAUGAGAAUCGAGGAUAA